AUGGUCAGCACUGUCGAGGCUGUGACAAGGACGGAGACUGCUCAACACAGUGUGAUCGCGGAUUCUUUGGCAGGAAAUGCAGGAUUCCAGGGUACAACUUGCAUCAUACCAUGUGGCAACCCUGGGACUCAAUGUGCAGUGUGUGACGGGGGAUGUGAUGAAGAAUACUGCAUGCUGAGUCCUACAUCCUGCGUUUCUGGAUGUGUUGACUCCUACUAUGGCCUUGACUGUAAGAGCUUCUCUGAGAGAUGUAAAUCAUGUAACAGGUCUACAGGAAUGUGUGAUCGUUGUCGUGAUCCAUACAGAGGUCUGAACUGUGAGAUGUCAUGUGAGAACUGUGCAGGAUCUUGUGAGUCUGGAUGUGAAGGAGGCUGUAAACCUGGCUUCUAUGGACCUUGGUGUGAUAAGGUGUGCAGUGAAAACUGCCGCUCUGGUCCCGAUUCAGAUGCAGUUUCUAUCUUGGCAUGUGACACAAAUACCUCCUUCAAUUGCAUCCCCAAAUGUGACAACAACACAGGAGAUUGUAUCCACGGUUGUAAUGUCGGAUGGUAUGGUACUAACUGCUCAUCUCGCUGUAAUUCAAAGUGUGCAAAUUUGUCCUGCACUGAGUCAGGAGCGUGUGUAGAUGGAUGUGCACCAGAGUAUGCUGGGACUGACUGCUCCUGCUAUGAGAACUGCAUUGAUCAUGUUUGUUACGCUGACAGUGGCACCUGUGCAAAAGGAUGUAUCAACGGUUAUUAUGGUGCAUUCUGUAACAACACCUGUGAGAUCUGUCUUGACGGCAUUUGUGAUCGGAAAUUUGGAACCUGCACCAGAGUAUGUAAUUUUACUGACAGUACAUGUAAAUCUACCUGUACACAUGACUGUACCAUAGGUGUUUGUCUUGCAGGUAAUUCUUGUGAAGCAGGUGGUCAGCCGAGGAUGGAUAUCAAGUUUAUCGUAACAGGACUGUCAGCAUUGCUUGUUCUUACUGGCAUCCUGUGUACAUUUUGUAUUCGAAAAUGCUGGUCGAAAAGAAGGUGA